AUGGCGGAAGACGCCCAAGGCGAAUUGAAACAGCAGGGCGCGAUUGAGACUGCCCACCAGGCAGCUCAAGACCCCCAGGUUGACGUCCAGCCCGAAGCGGUCGAGAAAGCCCUGCUUGACGAGACCAAGAAAGCGGGCGUGCCUGCGUUCCAAUUCGACCCCAAUGCGCCCCCAGAAGAAAAAGCUGCAGCUGCGCAAUCACGUCUGCCAGCUGGUUUGCCUGACACGAAACCAAAAGGCACCGCUGUCAUUACGGAUGCUGAUGAUGGCCCCGACCAAUACGACCUACCUCCCCCAAGAUCGGCGACGGACCUUCUCAAGAACGGGGGUGCAGCGACUCCGGAAAAGCAAGAAGAGGGCAAAGAAGCAGAUGAUGCGCGAUGGGCGCCCGACAGGACAGGCUGGGCUCCGCAAUUCGAGCACCAGAGAACCAAAGAAGAAGACGAAGAAGGCACACUAUUGGACCACCAAACUGUUUUAGAGGGCAAAUUGGACGACAAGUUCUUCGGAGAUUGGUAUCACAAUGCCGGUAUCAUCGUCUUUGCCUGUCUAGGGUCCUGGCUCAUCGCUGUCUUGGGCGGAGGCCUUGCUUGGAUCUUCAUCGUCAUGGCAGCUUGCAGCACGUACUAUCGGACCUCGAUUCGCCGCGUUCGUCGGAACUUCCGUGAUGACAUCCACCGUGAAAUGGCCAAGCAACGCCUGGAGGAUGAUACCGAAAGUUUGGAAUGGAUUAACAGUUUCCUCGUCAAGUUUUGGCCCAUCUAUGCACCUGUUAUGUGUGACACGAUUAUCAACUCCGUUGAUCAGGUCCUGAGUACUUCCACUCCAGCGAUGCUUGACAGCUUGCGAUUGAAGACUUUCAUCCUGGGAUCUAAGCCGCCUCGAUUGGAACAUGUCAAGACUUACCCCAAGACCGAAGUAGACACCGUUAUCAUGGAUUGGAAAUUCAGCUUCACACCCAACGACAAAAUGGAUUUGACUGCGCGGCAACUGAAGAACAAGAUCAACCCCAAGGUUGUCCUCGAAGUCAGAUUGGGUAAGGGUGUUGUCAGUAAGGGUCUCGAUGUGAUUGUCGAGGACAUGGCCUGCAGUGGUUUGAUGAGAGUCAAGGUUAAGCUUCAAAUUCCCUUCCCUCAUAUUGAGCGGGUCGAUGUUUGUUUCCUGGGUCCUCCUGAAAUUGACUACGUCUGCAAACCCCUCGGUGGUGACACUUUGGGUUUCGAUAUCAACUUCAUUCCAGGUCUUGAGAGUUUCAUCAAGGACCAGAUUCACAACAACCUGAGUCCCAUGAUGUAUGCCCCCAACGUUUUCCCGAUUGAAAUCGCUAAGAUGUUGGCUGGAAACCCUGUGGACCAGGCUAUCGGUGUUGUUGCCAUUACGCUUCAUGGUGCUCAUCAGCUGAAGAAUCCUGAUGCAUUUGCUGGAACCCCCGAUCCGUAUGCAGUCGUUUCCCUGAACCGCCGAGGCGAGCUGGGUCGUACCAAGACCGUUCAUGACACCGACAGUCCGAGAUGGGGCGAAACCAUCUAUGUGAUCAUUACUUCUUUCACUGAUUCCCUCACAAUUCAACCCUUUGACUGGAACGAAUUCCGAAAGGACAAGGACCUCGGAACUGCCACUUUCCCCUUGGACAGGCUCGAAGAAGAGCCGGAGCAUGAAGGUCUUUACCUUGAAGUCAAGGCCAGUGGUAGAUCUCGUGGUGCUAUCCAUGCCGAUGUCCGCUUCUUCCCCGUUCUUGGAGGUAGGGAGCUGGAGAAUGGCGAGACCGAGCCUCCACCGGAGAUGAACACCGGUAUCGCCCGACUGACCGUCGAGCAGGCAAAGGACCUUGAUGGAACUAAGAGUCUUGUUGGCCAACUUAACCCCUAUGGUGUCCUCCUCUUGAAUGGAAAAGAAAUCCACAUCACCAAGAAGCUGAAGCGCACGAACAACCCCAUUUUCCAGGAUGCUUCCAAGGAAUUCUUGGUCACUGACCGGAAGACCGCUCGUCUUGGUCUUGUUAUCAAGGAUGACCGUGAACUCUUGACCGAUCCCAUCCUGGGUACCUACCAGAUCAAGCUGAAUGACAUGCUGAAGUUAAUGGAGAAGGGUCAGGAAUGGUUCCAUCUCCAUGGUGCCAAGACCGGACGGGCCAAAUUGACUCUGCAAUGGAAGCCAGUCGCUGUGGGAGGUAUCUCCGGCACUGCUGGCUACGUGGACCCCAUUGGUGUCAUGCGUUUCCACUUCAAAAAGGCGACUGACCUCCGGAAUCUCGAAAAGAUGGGCAAGUCUGAUCCGUACACCAGAGUUUUGCUUUCGGGUAUCAUGAAGGGCCGUACUGUCACUUUCAGGAACAACCUCAACCCUGACUGGGACGAGGUGGUGUAUGUGCCCAUCCACAGUGCUCGCGAGAAGCUCACCUUGGAAGUCAUGGAUGAGGAGUCCGUGGGCAGCGACCGAUCCCUGGGCUCAGUCGAUCUCUCUGCCGCCGACUACGUCCACGAAAACGAAGAUGGAACAUUUGAGGCCGACGACGAAAAGCAGCCCAUCGCUAGUGGUCUUCGCCAUGGUAAGGGACAAGUUAAGGGUACUCUUCAUUACACAGCCGCGUUCUACCCAGCCCUCCCUACCGUCAACCCUGAAGAAGAAGCCGAAGAAGAAAGUGCCGAAGAAGAGUCGAAUGGCCAGCCCGGUGACCUCACGAGAACGAGCACCGACAUGUCAAGGAAGAGCGUCGACUCCAAGCGCAAGAGCUACCAUGCUAAGAAUCUCAGCACUGAUACGAAGGCUUCUAAACCAGCAAAUGGCGUCACUAACGGAGAGGAGUCUCAGACUAACGGCCGCUCCAGCAUUGACACCACUACAUCCCGGCCGGCUACUAACAAGGACUCCGAAACUCAGUCCGUCAGGUCAAUCAAGACAAUUCCCAAGACUUAUAUCGGCUUGGAUGACCUUGCAAAAUACGAGUCUGGAUUCCUUGCAUUCCAGUUCCACGAGGUUCAGCUCGCUCGUGCGAAUGUACAGCUCGAGGUUUUGAUGGAUGAUUACAUGUUCCCCGCCUACCACUCGCCCAAGAUUCGCUCCAAGAACCAGAAGCUCGGAGAUGUUGGCGAGGCUUUCGUCCGCGAGCUUGAGUUUUCGAAGAUUACGCUGCGCCUUGUCGACAAGAACGACCACAAGGAUGACAGUGAUGAGCACACCAUUGCGAAGUUGUCUGGUGACACAUUGUCUACAUUGCAACGCAUUUUGUACACCCCCACCGAGCUUGUGCUUCGAUCCAGUGAAGGCGAAAUGAGCAAGGUCACCGUCAGUGCCAGAUACAUCCCGGUCCACAUGAAGCUCGACCCCACCGAAAGUAUCAACAACAUGGGUACUUUGUUGGUGCAUGUUCUGGAUGCUGCUGACCUUCCCUCUGCCGACCGCAAUGGGUUCAGUGACCCGUACUGCAAGUUCCGACUGGAGGACAAGGAAGUUUUCAAAACCAAGGUUCAGAAGAAAACACUUCACCCAGCCUGGAAUGAAUACUUCGAGACCCCUGUCAAGUCUCGAAUUGGCGCUGAUUUCCGGGUGGAUGUGUAUGACUGGGACUUUGGCGAGAAGGCGGACUACUUGGGUGGUACUCCUGUUGACAUUGAGUCGCUGGAGCCCUUCCAGAAUCAUGAAGUGUCUCUGCCUCUUGAUGGAAAGUCAGGAGCUGUCCACUUGAAACUUCUCUUCAAGCCGACCUACGUCAUUCGCUCCCGACAAGGAUCAUCCACCUUCUCCGGCACGUUUGCGACGCCCGGAAAGAUUGUCGGCGCUCCCGUCAAGGGAGUUGGAUUCGUUGGUGGCAACGUCAUCAAGGGUGCAUCUUUCUUGGGACGCGGUAUUCGAUCGCGGUUCACCAAGGGAGAUGAUGCAUCAAGCACCUAUGAAGCAGAGGAAGCCGAUGAAGGUGAGGCUGCCGAUACUUUUCCGCCGCCUGCUUCAAUCUUGGUUGAUGGAGAGACACCUCCCAGCGCAACUCCCAACAAACAAUUGGAGCACAGCCGUACCCGGAGUGUUGUCUCGCACUUUGGCGAUAGACUUGGUAUCGGGGGCUCCGGCAAGGGAGACUCCGGCACAGCAACGAUUAGUAUCGUUUCUGCCAACGGGUACCCUACUUCGACUCAUUUGCGAGUGUUGAUCAAAGCUGUUGGACCCAAGGGCGCCAAGGAAGUGCACAAGUCCAAGGCCAUCAAGAACAACAGUGGUUCUGUGCAGUGGGAUGCGUCUCACGAGACCUGUCGCGUGCACAACACAACCGCCGAUGCUCAGUACCAGAUCCAAGUGGUGAACCACGCCAUCUUUGGCUCCGACGACGUUCUCGGAGAGACUUUGUUCUUUGUGGACGACCAAGGGUCUGUGUCUGGACAGGAUAAGCCGGUCCAGAUUGGGCCUGGUACAGUGAACAUCCGCAGCAGCUUCUCAUCGCCAGAGACAGGGUCUCUUCGGCCUGUGACCUCGCACUCGAACGCUGGAGAUGCAAACUCGGAGGUGCUCGACAGCCCCGACUCCAAGAGGGGACGACGAAGCUUCCUGGGCAAGCGAAAUGUCAGUGGAGCAUAA